GUUGACGGGCGACUUCGUAACGUAAAGUAAAAAAUAUCGUAACGUAUUUCGUAGUUAAAAGUGUAACAAAAUGGCUAAGAGAAAAAAUAAACCUUUGAUAGAUUCAGAUUCCAGUAGCGAAUGUUCAGAUUUGGAUUCGCAAUUCCUCAAUUUGGCAAAGAAGAAAAAGAAACCAGGAGAGUCGCCACCGCCACCGAAAUCGAAAAGCAAAUCUUCAGAUAGUGAAUCUGAUUGGGACGAUGAUGACAAGAAAAAUGACAAAUCAUCUUCGUCGUCCGGCUCUGAAUCAAAUAGCGAUGCAAGAAGCGAUACGUCGAAGAAGAAAGAACCAGCUAAACCGAGUAGGAAAAGUUCAUCGGACCAUUCAGAGGAAAGAAAGAAACCGGAACCAAAAAGAAGUGAAGUCAGGAAAAGCACAGACAGCGCCGGAUCAGGGAAGAAAAAGGAUGUGUACAGUGAACCAGAAGAAGGCGAAGUAUCUUCACACUCAUCAGACAAUGAUUCAAUAGAUUCAGAGGAAGAAUUUGAUGAUGGUUACGAUGAAAAUCUCAUGGGAGAUGAAGAAGACAGAGCUCGGCUGGCGGCCAUGUCGGAGAAAGAGCGCGAACAGGAGAUAUUUAAACGCAUAGAGAGGCGGGACUUGAUGAAGACACGGUGGGAAAUCGAACGCAAGCUGCGCCUGGCGCGGCGCUCCGCGGCCGAACGCGGCGCGUCGCCCGCCGAGCUGGCGCGGCGCCGCGACGCGCGCAAGCGCCGCCGCGAGCAGCGCGCCAAGCUGCAGGCGCGCCGCCAGCGCGACCACGAGCGCCGCGAAUCCGAAAAGGAGGAGCCCAAGGAGCCCGAAAAGGAAAAAGAGAACCCGCCCGAGAGUCCAGGGGAAAUUCGAGACGAUCCCAAGGACGAAGAGCGCUCGGCGUCGCCGCUGUUCGGCGCGAAGACGGAGCGCAAGCGCAACGUGGACGACCGGCGCGUGAACGCGAUGGCGGCGCUGCGCGCGCAGCGGGACGCGCGCGCCACGCGCGUCGAGACCGAGCAGCGCAAGCGCGCCGAGCUGCAGCGCAAGGAGGACGACGACGACGCAGACGCAGAAAUAAUAGGCGGAACAAGUAAACAGAGCGUCAAGUUAAAAGCAUCGGAUAUAUACUCGGAUGAUUCUGGUUCAGAUUCAGAAGAUAAUAAGUCACAAGGCCGGAGAAGUUCUUCGAGCUCGUCCUCAUCAGACGCGGAAGUGGAAGAGAAGAAGCGUGAAAGAGAGGAAGUCGAAGUCAAAUACGCAGAUACUAGGGAGCAGAUUAAUAAACUUAGAUUAAGCAGGUUUAAAUUAGAAAGAUUAGUACAUUUACCGUUCUUCUCCCGAGUCGUACAGGGCUGUUUCGUUCGUAUCGGCAUCGGGAAUAACAACGGCAACCCCGUCUACAGGGUCGCUGAAAUAAUAGACGUAUACGAAACGGCGAAAGUAUAUAAUUUAGGUAACACAAGAACGAAUAAGGGCUUUAAGUUACGUCACGGAACCCAGGACAGAGUGUUCAGAUUGGAGUUCGUUAGCAAUCAGGAAUUUACAGAUAACGAAUUUCAGAAGUGGCAUAGAGCUAUCAAGGAAGCCAAUAAGAAACCUCCAACUAUGGACUUCGUUAGGAAUAAAAUUAGUGAAGUAAAAGAUGCGCUCAUGUACGAGUUUAAGGAAGAAGAUAUAGAAAAAAUUGUAGCCGAAAAAGAAAGGUUUAGAUCUCAUCCGACGAACUACGCGAUGAAGAAAACACAACUCAUGAAGGAGAGAGACGUCGCCCAGUUGCGAGGAGACGAGGAGCUGGUGACGGACCUGAACGCCAAGCUGCAGGAGCUGGAGGAGCGAGCCAGCGCGCUGGACAAGACGCGCACGUCGUCCAUCCAGAGCAUCUCGUACAUCAACAACCGGAACCGGAAGCUCAACGUGGAGACGGCCGAGCGAGCCAUCAUGGAGGAGGUGAAGGCCAACAAGGGCAAGAAGACGGACGACCCCUUCACCCGCCGGCACACCAAGCCCGUCAUGAACUUCAAGUCGCAGGGCUCCCGGUCGCAGGAACUGUUGAAGAACGAGCAAGCAGCUGCCGAAGAACAAAAGAUGAGAGAGGAAGACGAGAAGUUGAAUAAAGAGAAGGACGAGAGAGAGAGAUUAGCGCAAACGGAAGAUGAUGUUGUCAAGAAGGAUAAAAAUGCGCCCACAGACAACAGCAGCCUCUACUCGCUGCACGAUUUCGACAUUAACAUAGAAAUAGACCUGCCGAUACCAAAAGCGGUAUCGUCCCAAUCCAAGCAGAUAACGAUCAAAGUGAAAGAAUCUGGUCCGAAGAGAUCACUGAACUUAGAAGAAUACAAGAAACGGCACGGUCUCAUAUGAGUGUUGUGUGGACGUUGUACGAGUGAUGGUGUACGAGGCUGGCUGUUACACUGUAUAGAUAAUUAUAAUGUUUCAUUAAUAAUCAUUGAUUUGUAACGGUAAUAUUAUUGAUUCUUUCAUGUAAAGUGAUUUGUCCGGAUAAUACUUUACUUGGCAAUUUUAUAUUGCAGGAAAUUUAACUUGCCAACCGCCUGGCAUAUUGCUAGAUAUACUAUAUUAGAAAUUCUCUGUGAACCAUGUAUGUUAAUGAGAUUACUGGAACAUAUAUGAUCAGGUGGUCGACUUGAAGUGUUCGUUUCAUACUAUAUGUGUCGUUAAAUAUUAUAUAUUUUCUUCAUGUGAAGACUUGGUAGUUGAUUUAUAUGUAUGUAGAAAAUUUGUUGCAUCUUCAUAAAUGUUAUAAAUAGUAAAUAUCUCUAUAUUUUUCUAAUAGAUGACUAAGUCCAGACAACAGUUAGUACAAAGUUGAUUUAAAUUAAAUUUAAAAAAUAAUUGUUUUUAUUUUUUAUUUGAUUUCUUUUUUAAAUCGCAUUUUGUUCUUAAAUAAUUUUGUGCUUAUGUUAUUUUUUAUAUGAAAUAACUCAUCAAGAAUAACUAACAUCUUUAAAUGUAAACAUGUCGGGUUUUUUUUUUUUUGUAUCGAAAAAACACAAUUUGCUAAUUGUCAAUAGAAUAAAUAUAAUUAAAUAAAAAGAACAAAAUAUAACAUAUAAAAAAAAUACUCAGGUUAUUGUAGUUUUUUUUUUUAUAAUUAAUGUUCUCUAAGUACUUAUUCUGGACUAGUUAUGAUAUUUAUUAAAUGACAUAUUAUCUUAUUAAAACGUACAGCAAUAAUAUUGGUGAUAGUUUGUAUGUAAAGGUUUCCAUGAAAUAUAAGAUAUGUUAAAAAUUCCCUUCCAUUAAAUAUGUGUAUCAUUAAGAUUUAUAUACACAGACACACAUAUAUACAUUUAUAUAUAAAUCUUUCUUAUAAUUCAAUGACACUCAACUAAAUUUAAUUUAAUAUUAAAAAUGUGUUUAAUUGUUUAUAUUUUGUUAUAAAUUUGAACAAAUUUAGUUUUUGUAAUUUGUGAAAUUUUGGAAGAUUAAUUACGGAGCGCGGUCAGUUAAGAUAUAAUGGCAGUGGAAGUUUGCCCAGCCGUGGGAUGCUGGGCCGUUCUAUCUACCAACACUCGUAUAGUAAAUACGCUAGUUGUAGUGAUAGAUGUCUCGUUUCGACAUUUGUAUUUAAUAAUGUAAUGUAAAUCUGUAAUUAUUAUGUAAUUAUAACUUAAAGAUACGUCAAUACUGUGUCCGAUUUUGUUCUGUUAAUAUUCAAUCGGGGCCCCCUUAUAACGGGGAGACCUUCGCUUAAAAAAAAUACUCGACUCGUAUUUAGAGGCCCCUUCUCUGAUGGUAGCCUUCGACAUUUAAAUUUAAUAGCCAUAUUGAUACGCUAAAAUUAACUUCCGCAUUUUGAGUCCCCCAUCAGAAGGGGGCCUCAGUACGCUUCCUGCCCUGAAAGUGAAGAUGGAGUUGUACCUUAUUUUGUGUAUAACCUGCAAACUGUUGACUAUUAUUAAUUUAUGAAUAUGAAUAUUUUCAUUGUGAUAAAUACAAACAGACGUAUUGAUUUAACAUGAAUAAACAUAUAUGUCGUUGUGUUAGUGUAGUUACGCGUUAAUAAACCGAUAUUAUCUAAUAAUCGAGUUUAUUACUGAACGAAUAUUGUUCAAUUUAAAUCGACUAUUAUGUCGAAAGAUUUAUUAAACUCUAUGACUCGACUCGGGUUCAGUAGCAAAGUUGCUAUUGUCGCCCACUGCAUAAACUUAACCCUUAAUAUGCACACAUAAUUUUGGCAUCCAUUUUAGUAAUUUUAACUACGUUUGUAAUAAUUUUCAGUGGUAAAAAAUGUCCCCAUGAGUAAAUCCGGGUUAAGUGGAGGGGAUAAUGUUGCCAUAUGAGUCGUAUAAAAUUAAACGCUGUAUGUAAUUUUUACAAAAAUUAAUUAUUUUAUAGUAUGAUAAAAACUGCUGAUUAAAAAAAUAUUUUAAUUAUUUCACGUUUUAUUUUUUACGAUUAACAGUAGAACUAUUCUGUCGGAAAAGAUAAAUUUCUAAUUGAUAUAUAUAUAAAACUUUAUAUAUGUAUUUAAACUUGUAAAUAUUUAAGGUUAUAUUAUUAAACAUGAACUCUCUAUAGCCGCUUACAAUCACACGACGAUUAUAGAUCUAUUCACUAAAAAACCUUCACGUUAAAUUAAAUAUAUAUAUAUUUUAAAUAAACUCAACAAAUAUUUUAAUUUUCAUUUCUUUGCUGUCCUUACGUCUAAUCGUCUCACGCACACUAUGAAAUCUAGCAAAAUGGCGUCACUCAUACUAACGCACGCUGAUAAUAAUUUAACGUAAAUAGUUACAACUGUGACCUUGAAUUGGCGCGAUGUCAUUGGUCGUUAUUGAAUAAUCUACAUCAUUCAUUGGUUUGCAAAAAUGACAUUUCGAAUGUCGGCGAAGUAGUUAUCACAACUUUAAUAGCAGAACUAAAUUUGAUAUAAGUCGUUAAUUGGAUAUUCGACUUAAAAUCUGUUGAAUUUAAAUAAAUAUAUCUUAAUCAAGAACUGACUGUUGUGCAUAUUUAUGUAAAUCUACGGUUUGUUUAACUUUCUUCGUUUAUAACGUCAAAGAUUAUUAAUAGUACCGUCAAAUAAUUGUGAUGAUUACUUUAAUUUACUUCAAUUAAGUCUUAAGUUUAAAUAGUCUUUAAUUAUUCGACUCAUAUGUACAUUAAAACUUCUAGUUUCAUAAACAAUUCGAUCCCGCAAAAAUAUUCUAAGUGAACUUGGCUUUGCAGGAACAUAAAUUAGCAAAUUAAAAGACACUGUUUUGUUUGUAAAUGGACAAACACUCCAUCGCAUUUAUUAUUAUGGAUUUUACAACAAGAUAAUUAUUAAAAAAAAAAAUAUAUAAACUUUGGAGAGUUAUUGAAAUUAAUGAAUCUGUCAUUAUUACAGUUCGAAGAAUUUUUUCCGUUUAAAUGAUUACAUGGAAUAUUAAAUAGUUUUGUUACAUUAAUAUUUGAUGACAUGCGCUCUCACUGGUACACUUUGUGUAGCGGGCGUUUUAUAUUGUCUUACUCUUUUUGUCAUUAUACAUUCGACAUUAGAAAGAAAGGGACAGCACAGGGUGCUAAUUCUACUAACAAAUUCACAGUUUAUCGUUACUGUCUAGACGAGUAAAUAUACCGUACCAAUUCAAUGGUGUUCGGUCGAAGUUGAAUCGGAAUAUUAUAUAAUCGGAUCUUAUCGUAACUGAUAUAAAGAAACAGUAUCGAUCGUCAGUUACGAUAAAACUUAGGUUAAUUUUUGUGAGGGAUAGUCGAAGUUAGAUCGUAAGUAGAAUCUGAAACGUUCGUAGAAUUGCCCCCUGUUUAUAAGUAAAUCUAAUGAUGAUUAAAUAAUUAGUAAAUUGUCAAAAUUUGACACUUAAGAAGCAAGAAUUAAUUUGAGAAGCGAUUCGGUUUCGAAAUCGAAGUUUAGAGUAUUUAAAAAUUGUCCGAUAUUUAAUUAUAUUUCAAUCUAUCAAUUAUUAUUAAUGAAUAUAAUUUCUAAACGUAUUACACGUCAGUUGACAUAAAAAAAAAUCGAAUAAUUAAUUAAUUAACUAUAAUAUGAAUCAGUCUGAAUAUUUAAAUGAAAUUGUUUGGAAAUUUAAAUUAUUAUUAUAUAUCGUACUGCAAGUGUAGAUACUUACGUUAAAUGCGACGAAAAACAUCACUAGAAGUAUCAAAUCUGUGGCCUGGUGCUAAAAGGUCCAAAGCAACAAACAUUAUGCCAAAUCAUUUCAAACAAUAAAUGUAUUUAACCUACGCAAAAAUCAUGAAACAAUCAACUUCGUUGUUUUUAAAAUUAUCACGAAAAGUUUUAAUAUUGGCCAGACCCGUCUUAAUCCAUGGUACCGGGAGUGCUAAACCAGGCGCACUUGAGUGAUCGGUGAUAUCGAUUUGGCCAUUAUCGGUAAAGACCGAUAAUGGCCAAAUCGAGAUCACCGAUGAAAAAUAUUUGGGGAGGGGAGAUCACUAGAACUCUGGGUGCAACGUGGCGCUUGUUGUGCUUAAGACGGGUCUGAAAUUUUCCCUUUUAACUCCAGACCACAGAUAAUACAAUCACUAUUAAGAGCUUUUAAAUGAGAACGUUACGAAUGGUUGAGUUAAUUCGCAAUAUAGUUUGCUGUGCCGAUAAUGAUGUAACUUCUAUCUCGUUACGCUAUCGCCAUUAUGUAUUAGGAAUAAUUAGAAUAUUUUAGGGUAGUUUUAUUUAUUUUUUUCAAUUAAUGAACAAUUAUCUACUUUGACUUAUGUAAAGCUCAAUAUGCUUAAUAAAAUUUAUAAAGCAACAA